GUCCUCGAGAACUUCGAGUAUUUUCAAGAAUUGGAGUCCGGGUCGGUCCGGAUCCGGGUCAUGUCGGAGGAGGAGACGGAGGCGACCGCCGGAUUGCUGGCGGAGUCGUUCGCGGAGUGGGUGGGGGUGCCGCUGAGGUACGUGAAGCUGUUGGGGUUCUUCGUGAAGCAGUACUUGAUUGAGAGGAGAAGUGCGAUGCCCCACACUGCAACACUUGUGGGAUUUUACAGACAUGGAAAUGGAGAAGAAGAAGAAGAAGAAGAAGAAGGGGAAUUGAAGGUUAGUGGGACUGUGGAGGUGUCCUUUGAUAGAAGGGGUGCCACUAACAAUAGUCCUCCCACACCCAUUGCUCCCAUGGACUGCCCUUACAUCUGCAAUAUGGCUGUCAAGAAGUCACUAAGAAGGAGGGGCAUAGGUUUGGAGAUGUUGAAAGCAAGCGAGGAGCUGAUUUCGAGAAUGAGCGACACUAGAAUGGUUUACUUGCACUGUAGAAUGAUCGACGCAGGACCAUUCAAUAUGUAUACCAAGGCGGGUUACGCCAUUGUCAAGACCGAUAGCAUCUUCAUCCUUUUGUUGUUGCAGAGACGCAAGCACUUGAUGCGUAAAUAUCUUCAAGACUCGAAACGCCUCUCACAAGAAGAAGCAGAACAAGAGCAAGAAGAAGAAGAAGAAGAAGAAGAAGCACUUGUAGAACAACCUACACUAUGAAUCUUCAUGUGAAAGCUGUGUAGAAGAGCAUACUUAUGAGUGUAUGUAUGUAUCAUGGAGGAACAAAAGUUGUGUUUGGCAAUAGUACUCUUUUUUUUGUGGGGAUUGAUAGUACAAAAAAAUGAAUCCAUGAACACACAUGUAUUAUUGACACUUUGAGAGUGGAAAAUCUAUAUAAGUUGGGGAGGGUUGAAGGGAACUAUUUCCUUAAUCCCAAUUUAACUUGUCUUGU